ACAGAGAAUUGAUUACGUUAUUGUGUUAGAAAAUGAUACACAUACAUUCCGCAUAUUUUAUAAAGAAACCGUUGUUAUUUUUAACAAUAUUUUAAAUAAAAUUUUGUAAGUCAUAUAGUUUAUUGAUUGGCCUCGUGCCGUUAUCAUGCACGGUCGGUACCCGCCCAAAUUAAUGAUGAAAAUAUUUAAUGCCUGGUGAGGGCGAGUGAAGUGGAUAUUUGGUCUAGUUACUCGGGGUAUGGAGACCAAGCCGGAGACAUUGUGUCGCGUUUGUGGCGACAAAGCUUCUGGGAAACACUACGGCGUCGCGUCAUGUGAUGGUUGCAGGGGGUUCUUCAAAAGGAGUAUUAGACGUAAUUUGGACUACGUGUGUAAAGAAAAUGGACGGUGUGUGGUGGAUGUGACAAGGCGUAACCAAUGCCAGGCGUGUCGAUUUUCCAAGUGCCUGCGCGUCAAUAUGAAGAAAGAUGCGGUACAACACGAGCGCGCUCCUCGUCCGUCGGUAGCCGCCCAACACCACAUGGCGCUACAGAAGCUCGGGUACAACUUCACGCGACAGCAACCUUUCAUUCCAAGUCCGACCCCUCUGACUCUGUCCACUUUUCCGCCUCUCCACACAUAUAAUGGCUUAGUGUCCGCCCUCCCCGACGCUACCGUACACAAUUCCUUUCUGGAUAGAUCUUCGUUUCAAGACUUCCCCCCAUCGAGGCUUCCGGAUACAAUGUCGGCAGAUGGCCCUCAAAUAAGCCCACUUCUUAGCACCCAUGUCAGUGCACUCAGUCCACUCAAUCCAUUUAAGAUUCCAUUGUUUUCAGCGUCACUUCAUUAUCCAGUUCCACACCCCGCUUAUAUCCCGUCUAAUAUUUUAUAUCCAUCAGUCGUAACAUCAUCUGCUUCGACAAAUACUUUGGAAAAACAACCAGAUUCACAACUCUCUGAAAAAAUUAAAGAAGAUGAAGUAUCUAGUUCUGAGGAAGCUUGCAAAUCUGAUUGCCAAGUAGAAACAAUUUUGAAAGAAGAUACGAGAAAAACUUCGCUACAUUCUCCUAUAAACUUUGAACCACCAGUGCACAUAGUAUCAAAAAUAUCAGAAAAGCGUACUCAAGGUGUAGACUACAAACCGUAUACAUUCGUCGAUUACCUGAAUGACCGUCACAAAGCAAUGCACGUUGUAGACAACAACAAGGCAAGUUUGGAUGGCAUCUCAGAGAUGACAACAAAAUUAAAAAAGUAUUGUUUUGAUACUUGGAAACUUGACGAAGAAGUCUACGCCCCGGCUGCGAAGAUCUUAGUGACUUCGAUAAAAUGGCUACAUGGGGUUGGCACAUUCGUUCAUAUGAAACCCUCCGAACAAAUAAGUUUAUUACGUAGUAAAUGGAAAGAACUGUUUAUUCUUACAGCAGCGGAAUAUUCAUUUUACUUCGAAGAAGAUUAUGAUGUCUCCACCAUUGCACUAAAGUGGCCUCAGAUCAAGGAGGAUCUCAAAAAGUUAACUUAUCUGUUGAAAAAAUUAUCUCAGUGCAGGCUAGAUAGAUCCGAAUACGACUGGUUGAAAUCCACCUUGUUGUUUCGCACAGACACAACGGAAAAUCCAUCUGCUCACAUGGAGAUGCUGCAAGAUCAGUUCUUGAUGUUACUACAGAAGCAUUGUGCAGCCAAAGAUUCCACGCGGUUCGGAAAAGUCAUGCUGUUGCUACCCAGCAUAUGUUGUACAGCGAACAAAGAAACACUAGAGCACUUACUAUUCCCUACCACUACCUCCUUAGAUGAUAUGUACUCCGUUCUAUCGCGAAUACUCAUGUACACUUCAAUGUGAGCCACAUCUGUCUGCAAAUAAGAAUUAUUGUAACUUAAGCACAUUAAUUUAUCGUCCAUCAUCGAGGUACGGACCAAAACUUCACACACAAUAAUGUAAUUAAGAAACACACGUGUGAAUUUAUAACCUUCUUGUUGCCUGCUUCAUGGUAGGCUUGUCAGGAAAGAGAGACUAUCUACUCCUUUUUAAAAGGCCGGCAACUGGUAACGUGUCUGCACCUCCUCUGGUGUUGUGGGUUGAUAACUUACCAUCAGGUCAACAGGCGAUGCAUACUAUAAAAAGGGAUGAAUAUGUAAAUAGCUAUAUCGUAAUCCUAAGAGUAAAUAACGUUUAUAAGAUUAAAUGUAGGUAGGUAAGUUAGUACCAAGUUAUACCACAAAUUAUACGUCCAUUUAAGGUAGCAUUCUCAUGGUUCUAGUCAGUUAAUUUAUGUAAGUAAUUACUGAAUUGUAACUUUUACUGUCGAUUUUUAUACCCGAUCUUUUCAAUCUUUUCGAAAACUACGGAGAGAUCUUGAUUUUUGCCAGAAAAAUUAUAGAACUAAAUGUCAAAAGUUGAUCAAAUUGUAUAGAUUUCGAGAAAUAAAAAAAAAAUUAAAAACUGUAUUUGAACUCAGGAUACGAAAAUAAAGAAAUGGUAUUUUUGUUUUACGAUCGUAUCAGUUUUGAAAUGUUGUCAGUUGCGACUGGUUAUUGAAAUCGGCAAUUAGGUAUAAUGUAACCUAUGAACGUAAAUUGUAAAUACUUAAGUAAUUGAUGACAAAACCUUACAGUAUUGGUACUGUAGUCAAUAUAAAGUAGUUCAGUGCACACUAUGCCCAAACAAACUACCUACUUACGUAAUUAUACAGGCAAUACAGCACAACUAAAUUACUUAAGUAAACUAUACAUAACAUCACGCCUUUUAUCUCCGAAGGGGUAGGCAGAGGUGUACAUUACGCCACUGUACAAUGUAACACCCAAAAGUAAGUAAUCUAUCUGUUAUCCAAAUACACAUUGCUUUGCCUGCCUGUUGAAAGAAAUAAAAGUAAGCUAAAGUACAUUACACCAUUACACAGUCUACAUGUUGGAUAUGUUUUACGAGUUACUACAUGUCCUAUGUGACUGUAAUUUUGUAACACAGGCCCUGUUCGAGGAACAAUCAAAUACCUACUCACUAGCAAUAUUUUCAAAAUCAGCCGAAUAGUGCCGAUCUACAGCCAGCAAAACUGGUUGUAAAAUGUACCUAUCCAGAAAAGUUAGUGUUAUUGUAAUAAUGCCUAUCACAACGUAAUGUCGUGAUAGUCACCUAAGUUAGUUAUUAUGGUUUUAUCCUCUUUUGUCGUGAGUGUAUCAAAAUUACUUUUCUGAAACUUCUUUAUAAAAAACUAGCAGUCCGUCCCGGCUUCGCACGGGGUAGAAAA